ACGUGAUUGAACCCGGAAGUAAGAGUCUGAAGAAGAAGGGUUUGCUGCGUGUGGCCGGUCACCCCACAGUGAAGUGUUUUAUUUUCAAGUCAUUUUGCAGCGUCAACAUGAGCCAGGAGGAAUGUAGCACAAAAUUACGACUUGCAACGAGAGAAAAACUCAGAAAGUUUAGCUAUCUGCGCGGUCGGGAGGUUCAGCCUGGGGAGUUCUGGGAUGUGGUGGUUGUGACCGCUGUGGAUGAGAGCCAGAGAGAAGCUUACGAGCUGCAGAUCUCAGACAAAGUGAACAGAAAAGAGCUUCCCCUUGGUGUUCACUACAAGGUCUUCUCUGAUCCUCCUGGAUCUAAAAUAGGUAAUGGAGGGUCCACUCUGUACUCUCUGCAGCAGCUGACUGACUUGUAUGGGAAGGCUGUGGGCACACUGAGAGUCAUACUGAUCCAUGCAGGCGGGUGGAGUCAGCGUUUGCCCAGUGCCAGCGCCCUGGGGAAGAUCUUCACCGCCCUUCCGCUGGGUGACCCUCUCUACCAGAUGCUGGAGCUCAAACUGACCAUGUACGUGGAUUUCCCUCUUCACAUGAAGCCCGGUGUGCUGGUGACCUGUGCGGACGACAUAGAGCUCUACAGUAUUUCAGAGGACGAGAGCGUUCGGUUUGACAAACCUGGCUUUACAGCUUUAGCCCACCCCUCCCCUCUGUCUAUCGGCACUACGCAUGGAGUGUUUGUGUUGCGUUCACAUGAAACGUCUUGUAAAAACACCGAAAUGGAGAACGUCUCAUGUCGCCGCUUCCUGCACAAGCCGAGCAUCCAGAAGAUGAGAGACAGUGGAGCUGUUUGUGAAAGGCGGAGUGGUUGUUCUCUUUCGGACACAGAGUUUGUCUACACAGACAGCACAUAUUAUGUCGACUUUGACACCGCAAAGUCUCUUCUUACUUUGCUGAAGGAGCUGGGGCCUUUGGAGUGUGAGAUCGAUGCAUACGGGGACUUUCUCCAAGCACUGGGCCCUGAAGCCACCAUAGAUUACACCAACAACACUGCAAAUGUUAGCAAAGAGGAGAGCAGUCUGGUGGAAAUCCGUCAGAAGAUCUUCCGUCAUCUGAAAGGGACUCCUUUGAAUGUCAUUCUACUGAACAACUCCAAGUUUUAUCACAUUGGAACCACAUCUGAAUACCUCUUUCACCUCACAGAGGAUGUGGCGCUGAGGAGGGAGCUGGGUCUGCUAACAUCUGCUUUCAGCGUACACCUGAGUCAGAACUCUGAGAGCUCCUCAGGAGGCUGCGUCAUGUACAGCUUGCUCGACAACGGCUGCUCUGUGGGGGCUGGGUCAGUGGUGGAGUACUCCAGACUAGGUGCAGAAGUUUCUGUAGGUAAGGGCUCUAUUGUCAGCAGCUGCCGGGUCAGUCCAGGCCUCUCAGUACCUGAUGGAGUCUUCAUGCACUCACUGUGUGUUAAUUAUAAGAAUCAAAGUAAAUUUGUGACUGUCUUCUUUGGGAUAAACGAUGACUUGAAGCACGGCGUGGGAGCUCCUGCAUACAUGGAGGAGCUGAAACUUUGUGGUUUCAGCCUGAUGAAGUGUUUGUCUCGCUGGGGGCUGAAAAGCGAAGCCCUCAGGUUCUCUGGGGAUCCAUCCAGCUGUAGUCUGUGGAACGCUUGUUUGUUUCCUGUUUGCUCAGAUCAACAAAGAUCAUUCUUGAUGUCUGUGGAGAUGCUACAAGCUGUCCUGAGCAGCUCGAAGUUCAGCUUACCCAGAGACACAAAGCUCAUGUCCAUGCAAGAGUCUUUACUGUGUAAGAACCUUCAAGAGAUGCUGGCGCUCAGGAAGGGACUUAAUGAUGACAUCACACAGAGAAAAUCAAAUGAUUGAUGUUAGUAUUCUUAAUAUGGAUUAUGGGAGAGUUUUUGUUGUUGUUUGUUUAAAAGACCUCAUUAAUAAGGCUGUAAAUCACUGAUAUAUUAUAUAUAUUGUAUGUUCAUUCAAUGAUCACAUGGUUUCCUUUGUUUGGUCUGAAAAGUCAGUAUGAUUACAUUCAGAGACAAUAAAGAUAGCUAUAUAAGCAAUCACAGAAUCCUGCUACAAAUUCAGAGCCACAAAUCAAAGAAUGAGAAAAGAAUGAAAGAGAGAGAGAAAUAUUCAACAUGCAUAACAUUGUUCAGUUCUUCUAACAUUACAAAGUCUGAUACAUACACCAACAUUAGGGAGUCAAAAUUGAGCUUUAACUCACAUUUGAAUGUCUAUAUGCUGUUCUUCAUGUUUUACACAAUAGCCAUGUUUUCAACAUGUCCCUCCUGAAUCCAAAGGAGAUGCAAAUGCAUUUAUCUUCACCACUAAAUUGGCAUUCAUUUCACUGAGAGCAGCUGAUAGUAAGGCUGCGGGUUUUAUUUCACUGCGUCGUAGUGGUGUAAAAGCAAUGGCUAAAAUGUAAACAUGCUGAGUGAGAAAGGAUUGAUUGAUUGAAUGCAGGAAAUAGUUGUUCUAA